AUGGAUACCAGUACUUUACUGAGAGAGCAUACGUCAGGCAUUCAGUCAAUUCUCCUACAACUCGUAGAGACAGACACUCCUGCGGGGGUCUUGAUUCCACGGCGUAUUCAGGAGCUCAAUCGUCAACUUAUGAUCAUCGAAGAAUUGUUCAUGAACCAUGAUCUUUCUGGGGGGUCGUCUAGGUUUGCAUCGGAGUACCUGCUACAGUAUUUGACACCCUUAAAGAGAGACCCCGAGGGACUUAGAGCACUCAGAUCCAGAAUCAAUUUCAAUGAGGAACGUAAUAACUGGAUUGACCAACACGUAAAGAAUUUACGAAGUGCUUUCGAACCCAUGGUUACCAUUGGUCUCCCUACCCGGGAGAUGAGUGACAUACGCAUACAGCUUGAGUUCUUGAAGCAUUUGUUGAACUCAAUGAACAAAGGCAGCACCUUCGGACCAACCGCUCUCUCGCCUCACACCCCAACAGAAGCCUCACAGUCACCCUUUAUUCAAUCUUCGGAAGGCGCGAGGGAGCCACUUUUCCCAAACGCAGAUGGAGAUAUUGAAAGUUAUAGAAUGAACACGGAACAUUUCAAUGGUUAUGUGGUACACGAAGAAGAGCUGUCAAGCGGUUUUAGGAGGAAAUCAACUUGGGACUUGAAAGGGGAGAUUGAACGGGGGUCAGCAGGAGGUGUUUAUCUGCAACGGGAAUGUGAGAGGGGAACUUUGCGAGCUGUUAAAGCGGUUAUUCUCAUCAUAUCAGCACGUUUCCACGUACAUAUGCUAAAUUUUCUACUCCAGUACGACCAUCUUUUCGUCCAAUUCCUUGCCACAGUUGCAUGCCUUAAUCCUAUCUUAGUCAAAAUUACCGAUUUUGGGGUAUCGAAACAAGCGCUUGGAACCUUUUUGACCACUCGUUGUGGAACCGCACUAUACAGCGCACCCGAGACAAUCGGCAUUAUAUCCAGCGGCCUAAAUCAACCAAAGUUCCCCGAUUUUGUCUUAGAUAUAUGCCAUUCGGAAUACUGGACCGAUUUGGCCUCGUUGAUCCAGUACUGCCAGGACAAGCUGGAUUUCCCGACGCAGACUCUGAGGAGUUCAAAUAUACAAGACGAUGCGAUCGAAUUUGUAAAGGGGCUUCUCGCUGGGGGUCCGCAGGAUAGGCCGACGGCGAUCAGCACUUUGUCGAACCCAUGGUUGACCGGGGCAGAUGGAUGUCUUACGUUCCAGAAGAUAUCCGACUAA